GGCAUAUUCAUUAAUACAAUCAUUACCAUCGUUUUAAAUGCUAGCGGGGCGUGCGGUGAAGUACUGUGACGAAAACUUUCCCAGUGACAAUCUCGCAGCACGAUCACAGCAACAACAAGCAAACACCAUAGACAUUGGUUACAAUUGCACAGUAAAACAAUACCAGCGCAUUAUAACAAUGUCAGACGACGAAGCAGACCCCGAGCUCCUGGAGCUACUCCGCCAACACCUGCAGGGUAAAUUGAACGUCAGCGACGAACCAGAUACCGGCGUGUUAGAAAGCGCCGAAUAUGUCUACAACAACUGUAUUGAUGUUGCAAUUGAUAUGAGGGCGACGAAAAAUGCUGCAGAGAGUAUAUAUCAGCAGAUGCAAGAGAAGAAGUUCUCGACUGCAUUCUGGUCAGAGCAUGAGCUUCAUCCGAAGACAAAGGAUGAGUCAACCGUUGCAUUUAUCUUCACAAUGGACCUACUGAAUUUCUCAUUCUGGUCUGCAUUACCGAAUGAUGAGAGAUUCGCCAUUGAUUACAGAGAUAAAAAGUGGACGGGGUAUUGGAGCUUAGUUGCUGGCAUGCAACGAGCCUUAGAUGAAGGAAUCCCUAUUACAGAUCCAAGCUUUUGGACCAAUGAAGAGGAGUGUAACAUGGAUAAGAUGAAGCAUAUUUUCCGAUCUGCUACCGACGAAGAGAUGCCACUACUAGCAGAACGACUCGAAUGCCUCCGCGAGAGUGGACGUGUUCUAGAAGAAAAAUACGGCGGUGCAUUUACCAAUGUCAUUGCUGAGGCUGAUUUAUCAGCAUCUAGGCUGGUGAACAUGUUAGCCCAAGACUUCACAUGCUUCAACGACGAACACUCAUUCAACGGCCGCAAAAAGCCGAUACGAAUCAUGAAGCGAGCACAAAUACUGGUAGCCGACGUUUGGGCCUGCUUUCAGGGCGAAUCAUUUGGCACUUUUAAUGACAUUGAUAAAAUCACAAUGUUUGCCGAUUACCGCGUUCCUCAAAUCUUAAGCGGUCUUGGGGCGCUCUAUUAUAGCCCUACAAUUGCAGCUGCAAUAAAAAACAAAGAAAUGAUUGAAACAGGUACCCCAUGGGAAAUUCAGCUAAGAGCUUGCAGUAUCUGGUGUGUUGAGCUUAUUAUACGAGAAAUAAGGAAGAAACACCCGGACACCAACGUCAACGCAAUUCUUAUAGACUUUUUCUUGUAUGAUACAAUUAAAGAACUGGAGGCCGAAGGCAAGGAGCCUGGCCCGCAUCACCGCACUAGGAGUAUGUGGUAUUAGACAAAAUUGGGUAGAAUAUCUUCAAUGCGACAUACAUCUGGUCACUGACCAUAUAACUAAGAAAGAAAGAAAGAAAGAAUAAUUACAGCAAGACCCUCCAAGCAAUCUUUCUCUGACACUUUCCAGUGCCGCAUGAGCGAAGAGUAUCCCAGCAAAAGUAGCUCCGUCGUCCGAGAUCAUACCCAGGUGCAAAACGCCAAACAGUAUCAAACGCUAAAACCUCUAAAUCAAUACCAAAAGAUGACCAUUAUGCUUCUACAGCCGCUGAUGAGUUCAGAAUUUGGUCAAUCUCGGUGACCUGUACGGUUUUAUUGCCUUUAGAUGUCUCCUUCAGGAGCACGGCGAGGACCUCGAGGGGAGGGUUGAGCCCAAGGCGGUGGGCUCUCUCCCAGCGCUUCUUUCUUGGGAUACCAAUGCAAGGCUGCAAACCAAUUAGCGACAUAUUCAGUUAAAUGCGAAAGAAGACCAAUCUGACGUACCCCGUAUUGCGAACUAACGUCAAAGUAUCGUAGCAGCUUUUCGUUUGUAGACAAUCCUUCUUGGUGAACUCUGGGAGCUUUGCGCUCGCUCUCAAUAGACUUCCAGUAUUUGUUCACUUGCGCAUCAGUUAUAUCCUCCGCCAGCUGCUCUUCCUUUGACUUCUCCUCUGUAGGCUGCACGGAGGGCUUCUCUGGCUCUUCGUCCUCUUCCUCGUCAUCGUCUUGUUCUUCUUCUUCAACAACAUCCUUAACCACAGGCUCAGUAACUUCUACCUUUGUCCUGAUGGGGGCGGAUAUAACGUUGUUUUUAAUAUCUUUGGGAAUUGCUUUCGUAACGCUGCUGGCAAAGCUUAUAGUUGAUUGUCCCUUUGUCGGUCCCUGGCGGGCUCGGGCACCACCGGUUGAUCGUCUUGUGGUGGGCAUAUUGAAUUGCUUGUUUUAUAGUGAUAAUAUGUUGGACAAUAUCGAAUGAAAAUUGGUUUGCGUCCGUAGUUUGUAGUUACGUUGCUAGCUGAAUAGCAGCUGUGGUGGG